CGUGGGAAUGACUAGCAUAUAUAUAGGCAGUGCUCAAGUCAGUGGGCCACAGCCAAGCGCCGAGUACACACCUGCUGCUCCUGCUUCCAGUUUUGACGAAGACCUACUGUACAGUGUUACAUCCCCGACACCGGAACCUUAAAUUCAUGGGAGUGUUCUCCGUUUGGGCUCCAUGGAUGCUCUGCCUGUCAUCUUGUCACUCGUCCCAGACAUCCGGUAGUGGUAACCUCACACUAUCUUCGCUGCUACAAGAGUGAGUCCUCAGCACCAGCGACGAUGAAGAGUAUCACGUGUGUCUCAACCUUAACACUGGUGGCUGUCGUCCUGGCAUGUAACCUACACUCUACCUGGUCAUCCCCUAUCAACUGGGACAACGUCCAUCUCACUGAAGAACAGAAACUCACAGUCAAGCAGGUCGACGAUCUCCUCAACCAGUUCCUGAAGCAGCUGGAAAAAAAGACCCAAAAUAAGAACCCACUGCGACCUCAUCACGAUAACAAUAAGAAGGUGGGUCCUGCCCAGGAUGGAACAGUGACUCCUCCAGCAGACACUGUGAAGACUCCCGAAGAAACUGUUGCGGUGGUUACUGAAGAGAAGGAGGUGGUGGUGAAGGAUGAUGGUGGCUGUGGUGUGAAGCAUCCAGUGGAAGGUCAUCCUAAGAGUGGAGGAUAUGAUGUGGUGCCCGUGGAGAGCCAUCCUGUAGAUAAGAUUGCUUAUACCGAAGGUGGAAGAUAUACUGCUGUAGGAGAGGUGGAAGACGAUGUUGAUGACACGAUUUUCUUUCCUGGAGGUUAGAGAUGAGGAAACUUCACAAACAACGAUGGAAAGUAUAAUUACAAAUAUCGAAGUUUGACGAGGAGUUAAGAAACAAGUUAGCUGGUAAUAACAAGGAAACAUCCGAAACAGUGCAGGAAAACUAUGAAAAUCCCAUACAGUAUGUCCAAAGCCAGAAUAUGUCAUCAGAAUCUAAAGGUGUUCAGAUAUAGUUUUCAGUUUAAUAUUUAUUUAUUUCAAUUUUAGUUACAGUAAUAUAUAUCUUAAUCAAUAUUUUAUGUAUCUUUUAUCACUAAGUUCCAUUAAUAUGAAGAUUUAUCUCACCUGCUGGUAGUAUAUUUACCUCAUCACUGUCAUGUUGUUCUCAUUAGUCGCAAUAAAUAAUAUGUUCUGCGUAAA